AUGGCCAAGAUGAAGGGAAUCCUGAUCCUGGGGCUCCUACUGGCUACUCCCAGCUGCCUUGGCUACUUGGAGGACCUGGCCAAGUGCCUUCAGGACCCCGAAUAUGAGUCCAGUCUUGUCACGGCGCAGGAGGGACUCCACACCUCCCCGGUGCCCAAGCGCGUGGUAGUAGUGGGAGCUGGUAUGUCAGGCCUGGUGGCGGCCAAGGCCCUCCAGGAUGCUGGCCACCAGGUAACCAUCCUGGAAGCCAGCCACCACAUCGGGGGUCGAGUCAGCACAUUCAGGAACGAGAAGGAGGGCUGGUACCAUGAACUGGGGCCCAUGCGAAUCCCAAAGUCCCAUAGGCUGGUUCAUACCUACAUCAAGAAGCUUGGCCUGAAGCUGAACAAGUUCACAUCAUAUGAUGGCAACACCUGGUACCUCAUCAAAGGACAACGCUAUCGCACCAGGGAGGUCCAGGACAAUCCAGAGGUCCUGGGCUAUUCCGUAAGCCCAACGGAGAAGGGCAAAAGCCCUAUGAAUCUCUUCUACCAGUCCCUUGCCAAGCUCAAAGAAAAUCUGAACAACUUCAACUGCAGCCACCUGCUGUCCUUUUAUGAUUCUUACUCCACCAAGGCUUACUUGGUGAAGGAAGGGAUGCUGAGCAAAGGAGCAGUAAAGAUGAUUGGGACUGUGAUGAAUGAGGAUUCUGGAUACUAUAAGUCCUUCCUAGAGUCCCUGUGGGAUAGCUUCAUCUUCUCCAAAAGUAACAACUUUUCCGAGAUCACCGGUGGCUUCGACCAGCUCCCCAAAGCCCUCAGCGCUCGCCUGAAGCCUGGCACCAUCCGCCUGGGCUCCAACGUGGAGGCGGUAGUGAGGGAUGGGCCUGAAGUCCGGGUCUCCUACCAGCUGGGCAAGCCAAGGUGGGCACUGAACACCCUCACCGCAGACUUUGUCAUCAUCACGGCCUCAGCCAAGGCCACGCGCCUCAUCACCUUUAAGCCACCGCUCUCCCCAGACAAGACGGAAGCUCUCCGCUCGGUGCAUUAUGCCAGUGCCACCAAGGUGAUCCUGGCCUGUGAGGAGCCCUUCUGGGAGCGGGAUGGCAUCCGGGGGGGGGUCUCUGUCACCGACAGGCCCUCGCGCUACAUCUACUACCCCAGCCACAGCUUCCCCAGUGGCAAGAGCAUCCUGCUGGCCUCUUACACCGUGGACGAUGACUCUCUCUUCUUCACAUCCAUGACGCACGAGCAGCUGGAGGCUGUGGUCCUGGAGGACCUGGCGGCCGUGCACCAGAUACCCAAGGAGGAGCUGCGGCGCAUGUGCCCCUCCUCCGUGGUUAAGCGCUGGUCUCUAGACCCCCUCACCAUGGGUGCCUUCACUGAGUUCACACCCUACCAGUUUAUCGACUAUUCACAGGAGCUCUUCAAGCCCGAGGGCCGCAUCCACUUUGCAGGCGAGCACACCAGCCUGCCCCAUGGCUGGAUAGACACUGCUAUCAAUUCUGGCCUGCAAGCGGCCGGGAAUAUCCAGGCUGCUGUGGAUGAGGAGGCCACGGGAGAGUAG